UGCAAGUAUUAUCCACUCGUUGAUUCUAAUUUGCUUCCACGUUGACUCACGAGUCAGGUCAGUCAAGCGUCGUGUGCACUGACAUUGUUAUGAACUUGUAACUUGGAUAUUUUAGCAAAACUUGAACAAAUUAAUCGUCUUAUCAAAACCCCGUGGUUUUUCCAUGCAACGUGACAUGAUCCCUUUCUACUUUCUCUCCUUACUUCUUAUUGCAUUGCCCGGUACUAGCUUGAAUUCUUCAAACGGUCCCAUAAACACCCGCGGCGCCUCUUCAAAUGCCACCUGCAACAGAUACGACCGCAACUGCUAUAGAUCGUCGUCAGGUAAUCAGCCUCCGCCGUCGCCGCCUCCUCCGCAGUCGCAGUCGCAGUCGCCGAAAUCGCGGUCGCCGCCUCCUCCGGAAUCGCAGUCGCCGCCUCCUCCGCAGUCGCAGUCACCUCCACCGCCGCCUCCUCUGCAUUCGCAGUCGCCGGAAUCGCUGUCUCUGCCCCCUCAGCAAUCGCAGUCGCCGUCUCCUCUGCAGUCGCAGUCACCUCCACCGAUAUCUUUGCCGCCUAUGCCUCAGUCACCACCGCCACCGUUAUCUUUGCCGCCUAAGCCUUCGCCCCCGCUGUCACCUUCGCCGCCUCCUUCGCUGCCAAGCUUGCUGACAAACAGAUCUGGAAGCAGCAAACCCUCAUCGAUGAUAAUCAUCGUUGGUAUUCUUGGUUCAGUUGCUUUCUGUUCGUUAGUUGUGGUUGUGGCCGGAUGCUUCUUUCGCAAGAGACUUCGAACAGUCAAAGAGAGAUACCACUCCAAACGACAAAAGAAAAAAGUUGGUAAUGAUAUGAAGAAAACUGUCGAGUCAUUGCAAUUUAGAUUGGGAACUAUUGAAACUGCCACGAACAAGUUUUCAGAUGAUAACAAAUUAGGUGAAGGAGGAUUUGGUGCCGUUUUCAAGGGCACACUUGGUAAUGGACAUGAAAUAGCAGUAAAACGGCUAUCGAAAAGCUCCACACAAGGUGUACAAGAAUUUCAGAAUGAGGUGGUAUUGGUAGCCAAACUUCAACACAGAAACCUGGUGAGGCUUCUGGGAUUUUGCUUGGAAGGAGAAGAAACCUUACUUGUCUAUGAAUAUGUACCCAACAAAAGUCUUGACAAAUUUCUAUUUGAACCCAAGCAACGAGAACAGUUGGAUUGGUCGAGACGUUGCAUGAUAAUAGGAGGAAUUGCUCGAGGAAUUUUGUAUCUUCAUGAAGAUUCUAGGCUUAGAGUUAUACAUCGUGAUUUAAAAGCCAGCAACAUCUUGUUAGAUGGUGAAAUGAAUCCAAAAAUAUCAGAUUUUGGGAUGGCUAAAAUGUUUGGAGUUGAUGGUCAAACUCAAGGAAAUACCGAAAGAGUCGUCGGAACUCUUGGUUAUAUGGCUCCAGAGUAUGCAAUAGAAGGAAUAUAUUCAGUAAAAUCAGACGUCUUUAGCUUUGGUAUACUCCUGCUUGAGAUCAUCACGGGAAGAAAGAACUUUUUAGGCUUUAACUGCCGUUUUCCUACACUUCUAGCACACGCUUGGCAAUCAUGGAAUGAAGGAAAAGGGUUGGAUUUGAUAGAUCCAAUACUGUCGAAAGAUUCAUGCAGGCUAGAUCAAGUUUUGAGAUACAUCCACAUUGGACUAUUGUGUGUUCAAGAGGAUGCAAACAGUAGGCCGACCAUGUCAUCAGUUGUUUUAAUGUUGAAAACUGAAACUAUUAGUCUUCCCAAACCUGAGCGACCGGCAUUUUUUACAGGAAGAUAUGCAAAUAUGCAGGAUCAACUAGCUGCUAAGAGUUGCACCAUCAAUGGUUUAACAAUUUCUGAUGAUCUUCCCCGUUAGGGAUAAAUUAUAAAUUAUAUGCUUGUAUAUACAGCCUAUGUCUCGCAUUCAACCCCUAUAUACAUACUUCUUGUUCAAGUGACAUUUUUUGUGAAACUGAGAAUGAAUUACGAAGUUAGACAAUUAAACUGUUGAACCUUUUUAUAUUAUUUAUUGUUAGAGUAAAGUAACAAAAUGUCUAAAUUUGUAAUGUUUUAGACUAGUGCAUGUCUUCGUUUGUAAUUAUUUUAGUUUAAGUUUGUC